AUGAGCCGGCAGACGUACAGCACCAGAGCUGGGGGUGGAGGGCGGUCGUACAGCGCUGCUUCAGCCAUCAUUCCUGGGGGCAGCAGGGCUGGCUUUAGCUCGGUGUCAGUGGCACGAUCUGGAGGAGGUGGUGGUGGCUUUGGAAGGCUCCUUGGAGGAGGAGGAGGAGGAGGAGGUGGCAGUGGUGGUGGAGGUUUUGGCAGCAGGAGCCUCUACAGCCUCGGUGGUUCCAAGAGGAUUUCCUUUGGUGUUGGAAGCAGCUUCCGGAGUGCUUUUGGGGGUGGUGGAUCUGGCUUGGGAGGUGGCAGUGGUGGUGGCUUUGGUCUUGGUGGUGGUGGAGGGGGUGGUGGCCUUGGACUUGGUCUUGGUGGUGGUGGAGGUGGCAGUGGCCUUGGACUUGGUCUUGGUGGUGGUGGAGGUGGCGGUGGUGGCUAUGGCUUUGGUGGAGGUCCUGGUGGGCUUGGCUUUGGUGGACCAGGAGGCAUGGGGGGAUUUGGAGGGUUGGGUGGUGGCAGGGGUCCCGUGGGAUUUGGUGGCCCUCCUGGCAUGGGCACCAUCCAAGAAGUGACAGUCAACCAGAGCCUGCUGGCACCCCUUAACCUGGAGAUCGACCCCAACAUCCAGCAGGUGCGCAAGGAGGAGAAGGAGCAGAUCAAGACCCUCAACAACAAGUUUGCUUCCUUCAUUGACAAGGUUCGCUUCCUGGAGCAGCAGAACAAAGUGCUCGAGACCAAAUGGACCCUCCUGCAGGACCAGGGUCAGAAAAACAGCACAGGCAAGAACAACCUGGACCCACUCUUUGAGGCUUACAUCAAUAACCUGAAGCGGCAGCUGGCCAACCUGCUGAGCGAGAGAGGACGCAUGGACGGGGAGCUGAAGAGCAUGCAAGACCUUGUUGAGGAUUUCAAGAACAAGUAUGAAGAGGAAAUCAACCGACGCACAGCAGCAGAGAAUGAAUUUGUGGUGCUGAAGAAGGAUGUGGAUGCUGCUUACAUGAAUAAGGUGGAGCUGGAGGCCAAGGUGGAUGCUCUGACUGAUGAGCUCAACUUCCUCCGAGCCCUCUACGAGGCGGAGCUGGCUCAGCUCAGUGCACAAGCAUCCGACACUGCCGUCAUCCUGUCCAUGGACAACAACCGGGACCUGGAUCUCAGCAGCAUCAUAGCUGAAGUCAAAGCACAGUAUGAGGACAUUGCCAACCGCAGCCGGGCUGAGGCGGAGGCUUGGUACCAAACCAAGUAUGAAGAACUGCAGGCCACCGCUGGGAAGCAUGGGGAUGACCUCCGCAACACAAAGGGGGAGAUCUCUGAGCUCAACCGGCUCAUCCAGAGGAUCCGAGCAGAGAUAGAGAACACAAGGAACCAGUGUGCCACCCUGCAAACGGCCAUCGGAGACUCUGAGGAGCGUGGGGAGCUGGCUCUCAAGGAUGCAAAGGCAAAGAUGAUGGAGCUGGAGGAUGCCCUGCAGAAAGCCAAAGCCGAUAUGGCCCGGCAGCUGCGUGAGUACCAGGAGCUGAUGAAUGUCAAGCUAGCCCUGGACAUCGAGAUUGCGACCUACAGAAAACUGCUGGAAGGCGAGGAGAGCAGGCUGAGCGGAGAAGGACUCAACCCCAUCGGCUACUCGGUGAUCAGCUCCAGCUCUGGCACAGCUGGUGGAGGAGGAGGAUUUGGUGGACUGAGCCUAAGUGGAGGUGGCGGUGGAAGUGGAUUUGGUCUUGGAGGAGGUGGUGGAAGCGGAUAUGGUCUUGGAGGAGGUGGUGGAAGCGGAUACGGUCUUGGAGGAGGUGGUGGAAGUGGAUACAGUCUUGGAGGAGGAGGGAAUUUCAGCUCUGGGAGCGCAAAAGGCACCAAUCCAGGUGUGAAAAUCGUCUCCAAAACCUCCUCCAGCAAAAAGAGCAUAAAGAGCCAAAGCCUGAAGAAUGCCUCGCAACCCGAGUAA